UUGAAAAGCUCGUGCGACCACUUAGUGAAAUUUAUUUUAAGGAAAAAAUUAGAACUUUGUGGUAGUAGCAGAGAUCAAGGGCUAAAGGAAGGAUAUGUUCUCUUAAAUCUAUUUCACUAGUCCUCAAUGUACUUCUCAUCCAGCCUAUGCUUUCUAUUUAUUUGCUGUUUUUAGCAUUAUAAGUUUGAAGAGAAAAGAAAAAUAAAACACAGCAACCUAGCACAUAAAUGGCAAAAGGUGAUGAUCAUUAUCCUCCCCUCUUCGAAACAAAACCAGCCAAGGGUAUCGUUCCAUUCCGACUUUUUUCAGCUUCAAUCUUCAUUUCUAUAUGCUUUAUCAUGGUUUACAGGGUGAACCAAAUGCCUGCAAAAGAAGAAGCAGCUCUUCUAGGAAGAAAAUGGGCUUGGAUUGGGAUGCUUCUUGCAGAGCUCUGGUUCAGUCUCUGUUGGAUUCUCAAUGUUGUGGUUAAAUGGAAGCCCGUCUAUCGUUACACUUACAAAGACAGACUCUCUCAGAGAUAUGAUGAGGAGGUUUUACCCGGCAUAGACAUAUUUGUAUGCACCGCGGACGCCAUGGUAGAGCCACCAAGCAUGGUUAUAAACACGGUGUUAUCAGUCAUGGCUUAUGACUACCCACCGGAGAAGCUUAGCAUUUAUCUAUCCGAUGAUGGUUGUUCCGACUUGACAUUCUAUGCUCUGUUAGAGGUCUCUCGGUUUGCAGAGCAAUGGCUUCCAUUUUGCAGGAAGUUCAAAGUGGAACCCAGAUCGCCGGAGGCUUACUUUCAGAGAGCUUCUGAUCAAGUUGAAGAUUCCGCCAUGGCCAGCGAGUGGACCUCUAUUAAGAAGUUGUAUGAAGACAUGAAAGCAAGAAUUGAAACCACCACCAAACUAGGCCGAAUUCCAGAAGAAAUAGGCAAACAACAUGAAGGAUUUCGCAAGUGGGAUUUUGUUUCAAGUCGGCAGGAUCAUCAAACCAUUGUUCAGAUUCUCAUUGAUGGAAGAGAUUCCAAAUCUGUGGAUAUUGAAGGACAACCUUUGCCAACCCUUGUAUAUUUGGCACGUGAAAAAAGUCCAAAAUACCACCAUAACUUCAAAGCAGGAGCCAUGAAUGCACUGUUAAGGGUUUCUUCGCGGAUAAGCAAUGGUCCAAUAAUUCUUAACGUGGAUUGUGAUAUGUAUUCAAACAACUCGGAGUCAGUGAGAGAUGUUUUGUGCUUCUUCCUGGAUGAAGAAAAAGGCCAUGAGAUUGCUUUUGUACAAUUUGCACAGGCCUUUGAUAACCUCACAAAGAAUGAUGUUUACAGCAGUUCCUCACGUCUUAUAUGUGAGGUUGAGCUUCCUGGUCUUGAUAGUUAUGGAGGGCCUUGCUAUAUUGGCAGUGGUUGCUUUCAUAGAAGGGAGUGUCUUUGUGGGAAAAAAUAUAGCAAGUCAAUAUACAAGGAAGAGUGGAAGCACAGUAGAUUAAAGAUGGAGGAAAGUGCAAGUGUACUGGAAGAAUUAUGCAGAGUUCUUGCAAACUGUUCCUAUGAAGAUAACACUCAGUGGGGCAAGGAGAUGGGCUUGAAGUAUGGAUGUCCAGUGGAGGACAUUAUAACAGGGUUAGCAAUACAAUGCAGAGGAUGGAAAUCCAUAUACUACAACCCAGAGAGGAAGGGCUUCCUAGGAGUUGCUCCCCCAAUGCUGCUGCAAUCACUUGUACAACAUAAAAGAUGGUCGGAAGGAGAUUUUCAGAUCUUGCUCUCAAAGCACUGUCCCUUGUUGUAUGGAUACAAAAAGAUUCCUCUACCACUUCAACUAUCAUACUGUCAGUACAUGCUUUGGGCUCCAAGCUGCUUGGCUUCACUCUACUAUUUCGUUGUGCCAUCGCUUUGCUUGCUCAAAGGGAUUGCCUUGUUUCCAGAGAUGCUAAACCCAUGGGUGAUACCAUUUGUAUAUAUCUUCUUUGGGAACCGUUUAUACAGCCUUGGAGAAUAUCUUUGCUAUGGAGGGACAUUCCUAGAAUGGUUGAAUGAUCAAAGAAUGAGAAUAUUUAGAAGAUCAACUUCAUACUUGUUUGCCUUCUUUGACAACAUCCUGAAGCUAUUGAGGAUCACAAAGUCAAGCUUCAUCAUCACCGCAAAGGUGGUUGACGAUGAAAAUGUGUCAAUAAGAUAUGAGCAAGAGCUAAUUGAGUUUGGUGCCACUUCCCCAAUGUUUACCAUUUUGGCAACACUUGCAUUGCUCAAUGCCUUCGUUUUUGCUGUGGGAUUGAAGAGGUUGGUAAUGGAUGAUCACCAAACUUUUGCUGCAAACCCAUUUGCAUUGCAGAUGAUUCUAUGUGGCCUGUUGGUUUUCAUUAACCUGCCAGUUUUUCGAGGUAUGUUCUUUCGGAUGGAUAAGGGCAGAAUUCCUACCUCAACAACAUUUCAGUCAAUAACUUUGGCUCUGGUGGCCUGUUCCAUAAUUUUGUACUAAUUAGGAUUAAUAUUCUCAUAAUGCCCCAGGGAUGAAAAGCUUAUAAUUGAUCAGAAGUU